AUGCGUAUAUGCCGCAAAGUCCCGGAUCUUCAAGAACAUUUUCUCGAGAAAGCAACACACCUACUGUCGGAUCGUAACCAUGGGGUCCUGCUGUGUGGCCUGACCCUCGUCACUAGUCUUUGUGAGGCUGAUGACGAAGAAGGUGGGGAAGAGGGAAUCGUCGAAAAGUUUAGGCCGUUCGUACCGGUUUUGGUCAAAACAUUGAAGGGUCUAGCAACGUCCGGGUACGCUCCAGAACACGAUGUGACCGGUAUCACAGACCCCUUCCUGCAGGUCAAGAUCCUCAGACUUCUACGAAUCUUAGCCAUCAGUGACUCUGAAGUUAGCGAGCAGAUCAACGAUAUCCUAGCCCAGGUUGCAACCAAUACUGAUUCCUCUAAGAAUGUUGGAAACUCGAUUCUCUACGAGGCCGUACGAACAAUUCUAGAUAUCGAGGCCGAUUCUGGUUUACGAGUGCUCGGUGUCAAUAUUCUCGGCAAGUUCCUUUCAAAUCGGGACAAUAACAUUCGAUAUGUGGCCUUGAACACGCUGAUCAAGGUCGUUGCGAUCGAACCUAAUGCCGUCCAAAGGCAUCGAAAUACUAUACUAGAAUGUCUUAGGGACCCUGACAUCAGCAUUAGGAGACGUGCCCUUGAGCUAAGCUUCACUUUGAUUAACGAGUCUAAUGUUAGAGUUCUGAUCCGAGAACUCCUAGCUUUCUUGGAGGUUGCCGAUAAUGAGUUUAAGCCCACCAUGACUAGCCAAAUUGGCAUUGCUGCUGAUAAGUUCUCGCCGAACAAACGCUGGCAUGUGGAUACUAUGCUCAGAGUAUUAACCCUUGCCGGAAAUCAUGUCAAAGAGCCUAUAAUGUCCUCUUUCAUUCGCCUUGUUGCCACAACCCCGGAACUUCAAACAUACGCCGUACAGAAAUUGUAUGGCAGUUUGAAGAAGGAUAUCACGCAAGAGUCCUUGACGCAGGCGGCUGCAUGGUGCAUUGGCGAGUUUGGCGAUUCUCUUCUUAGUGGGGGCCAAUACGAAGAGGAAGAGUUGGUUCAGAAUGUUGAAGAGCAUGAAGUGGUUGGUCUUUUCUCGAAAAUACUAAACAGCAGUUACGCCAGUCAGGUGACUACCGAAUAUAUCAUCACUGCCUUAAUGAAACUUACUACUAGGCUAUCGGAGGCUGCGCAAACUGAACGGGUACGACGCAUACUCCAGAGUCACCAGACGAACUUGGAUGUUGAGGUUCAGCAGCGAGCAGUGGAGUACGGAAACCUGUUCGCCUAUGAUGAAAUAAGGAGCGGUGUACUUGAGAAGAUGCCACCGCCCCAAAUCAAGGAAGAGUCUCGAGUCCUUGGUGCGGCUGCUACCUCGAAGAAGUCCGUUAAGGCGAUGAACAGGAGAUCAAAGGUAGUAAAGCCGACGGAGCAGGACCUCCUAUUCGACCUCAUGGAUACGUCCCCCUUCCAUCGCUCAAGGCAACUCUCAGUCUAA